UAAAUCCGGACGAACUGAUUUCAAAUUUCAACAUGGCUGCUGGUAGAAAAUUCUUACGCACAAUUUUAAGCUAUCCUCCGAAGACCAGGAGUAUCGGCAGUUUUUUAAAAUUACAGUUGACUUCAAUCCGUUGUCUCUCGUCAAAUUUCCUCGUAAAAUAUUCAAAAUCAUCACAACGUUUUAGUUCCAACCAACAAAAUGUCUACGAUGUUGCAAUUAUAGGAGGAGGUGCUAUAGGGUCAUCUUCAGCGUACUUUUUAGCUAGCAAAAUGCAAGGACAGGGAAAAAUUUGCGUGAUUGAAUGCGAUCCUACGUACUCAAAGGCAUCAACAACCCUGUCGGUUGCAUCAAUAAGGCAGCAGUUCUCCAUGGCUGAAAAUAUCCAAAUGUCACAAUAUGGCUUUCAGUUUUUAUCUGAAAUUGAACAAUAUUUAGCCGUUGAUGGUUGCGACCCCCCUGAUGUUCAACUGCAUUGUCAGGGUUAUUUGUUUUUAGCAAGCAAGGAAGGAGAAGAAAGAAUGAAGGAAAAUCAUGCAACUCAGAGGGAGCUUGGAUGUGAAGUUAUUCUUCUUUCCCCCUCUGAGCUCAGUGAACGAUUUCCAUGGCUCAAUACAGAUGGCAUAUCACUAGCUUCCUUGGGAACAGGAAGGGAAGGUUGGUUUGAUCCAUGGUCACUCCUCAAUGCCUACAAGAGGAAGGCUAUCUCUUUGAAUGUGGAUUACAUCACUGGAGAGGCAGUGGACUUUGUUACUGAUCAGAAUGGACAAAUAUGCAGUAUAAAGGUUGUUACCAGUUCAUCUUCGAAUGAUCCACAAACCAUCCACUGUAGGUUCAUGGUGAAUGCUGCAGGUGCAAAGGCAGGGUAUCUCGCAAGGAAGCUUGGGAUAUAUCUGCCUGUGGAGCCAAGAAAACGCUGUGUGUUUGUACUGAGCUGUCCAGGCGCUCCAAACAAACAUCAAAUGCCAUUGGUUGUUGACACUACUGGAUGUUACAUACGGCCUGAAAGUGGAUCUUACUUAAGUGGAAUGUCCCCACCAGAGGAAGAGGAUAUAGAAACUUCCGACUUUGAAGUAGACUAUGACUUUUUUUACGAAACGAUGUGGCCAAAGUUAGCUCACAGAAUUCCUCUAUUUGAAUGCAUUAAGGUUCAAAGCGCUUGGGCUGGUCACUAUGAAUACAACACACUGGAUCAGAAUUGCAUAAUAGGACGUCAUCCCCAAAUAAGGAAUCUUAUUUUCGUAAACGGCUUUAGCGGUCAUGGUAUACAGCAGUCUCCUGCAGCAGGUCGAGCCGUCGGUGAGUUGAUAAUGGACGGUGGUUUUCAGACAAUUGAUCUUUCGGCACUUGGCUACGAACGUGUAUUGAGCAACGAAUCGAUAAAAGAGAAAAACAUCGUUUAGUAAAGAAAAUCAUCAACCUUUGUGGUAGAAUUUUCACUACAUCUUUGUUCUGUGACCUAAGCUCCAUCUACGCCGAAUGCUUUUUGGAAACACCGCGGUUUCCUUUUUUUGUCUUCCUUUCUCAUAUCCACAAAUACUCAUAGUAAAGUUGGUGAGGGUGGACAAUUUUAGAAACAGUUUCAAGAGAGGAGUCUUUAAAAAUCGCAUCGAUUUGAAAACGCCUCAUUCCUAGAGUGGA